AUGACUGCAUUAAUGCUUACGAUAGGCGUGGAGCUCGAGUUCCUCAUUGUCUGCCCUUAUGAGCUAUUGGACGAAGACGAGUGUGAGUACGAUGGCAUCCUCCCAAUACAGGGUAUAGUCUACGAGAAGCUGCGCGACGCUGGCGUCCGGGCUUCUUUCGAAGGCUAUGCCAAUCCAAGUUCCGUGAAGACCAAAGACGAUGCUUACGGCUGCUGGCAGAUCGAUAUUGACGACUCUCUGAAGCUGAGUGACGUCGAAAGAAAAGCAGUUCCACAAGGCUGGGCAUCCUACGGCAUGGAGCUCAGCUCUCGCACAUUCAGUCUCAAGGACGACGACUGGCAAGGCGAGAUCAAUACAGUCUUAGAGUGUCUUCAAAGCCUUCAACAGAUAGAUUGCCGCGUAUUGACUAACGAGAGCACAGGUCUCCAUGUCCACGCUGGGUUCGGGGAUGAGAAGACUCCUCUCAGAACAGCCAAGAAUGUCUGCUCUCUUGUCACCGCCUUCUCGCACUGCUUAGAUGAGUUGCACCACAUCUCAUGA